AUGGCAGCUCUAGCAUCUCUACCACCCAUCUCCUCCCUUCGUGCAGUCGAUGACGGCACGCUCAAGUCCGUACUCGACGUCCUCUUCGAACCAUCUCCCGAAAUCCAUUCCCUGGUUAUCCCGAAGAUCCGCGAUCCCAAUCUCCCCUUAGCUUCGUACGCCUCCCUCAUCGAAUAUAUCGGAUCCACCGUAUCUCAACUCACCCAAUCUCCAACAACGCCGGAGAAACGGGCCAAACUUCACGGGAUCCUGGGGUCACAUCCCCGACUAGGCGCGAGGAAGGUCGAGAGCGCGCAAAGCCAGGCCGAGCAGGCGCAUCUGAACGUCCCUGCGCCACCAGGCAGCUCCAAAGAGGAAGAGGCGGCCAGGCUUCAGGUGCUCAAUGAGGAGUACGAGGCACGCUUCCCGGGGUUGCGGUACGUGGUGUUCGUGAACGGCCGGAGCCGGGAUACCAUAAUGCAGGAUAUGCGAGAGCGUAUUGAUCGUGGUGAUAUCGCUGCCGAGGAAAAAGAAGCUAUCCAGGCGAUAGUGAACAUCGCUCUGGAUCGCGCAAGCAAGUUUCGAGUUCUUACUAAUUAA